AUGGAUUCAAUGACUCAUUCAAAUAUAGCUCGACCUAUACCUUUAAAUCCUCAAUCAAUAUCAGAAAUUAAAAUUGAUAAACAACCAACAUCAUGGUCACCAUUAGAUCGCUUACAUGCAGAAGCAAUGAUUCGUUAUAAAGCAUUACAAAUUUUACAAGCACAAUUUUCUCUUAUACCACCACUACCACCACUGCCUCCACCUCCACCAAUUCAUCCUCAUGCUCUUGCUGCAAUAUUAUCUUCAUCGAAUUCUUCAAAUUCAUCAUCUAUUUCUUUACGUAAAGAAUCAUCAGAUAAAUGGUGGAGUGUUAAUGAACAUUCAUCAAAUUUAUUUGGUUCUGUAACACGGCGAUGUAAACGUUGUCGUUGUCCUAAUUGUAUUAAUCAAUCAUCAAUAAUAUUAACUGAUUCAUCAACAUCGAAACGUCAACAUAUAUGUCAUAUAUGUAAAAAAAUUUAUGGUAAAACAUCACAUUUAAAAGCACAUUUACGUUGGCAUGCUGGUGAACGUCCAUUUCGUUGUACUUGGCUUUUUUGCGGUAAAGCAUUUACACGUUCAGAUGAAUUACAACGUCAUUUACGUACACAUACGGGUGAAAAACGUUUUAUUUGUUCAAAAUGUGGAAAACGUUUUAUGCGUUCUGAUCAUUUAUCAAAACAUUCAAAAACUCAUGAAAUAUCAUCAACAACAAUAACAAUUGAUCAUCCAUCAAUAGAACAUAUGGAAACAACUACAAGUAGUGAUGAAAUAUCAUCACAUGAAGAAGAAGAAGAAGAAGAACAAGGUGAAGACGAUGAGAUUAUCGAUGUGCAAUAUUAA